AUGUAUCAUCGAUAUUAUAUGAAUAUGGUGAUAGCUUUGGACGUCGUAAACGAUCCAUCGAAAUAUGGUGGUAUGAUGGCAUACAGCAGAAGCAAAUUGGCUCAGGUGAUGUAUACAAGACAUCUGGCUACGAUUAUUGAGAGCAAGAAACUUCCUGUGAACGUAACUGUUUGCCACCCAGGAGGUGUCGAUACAAACAUACUCCAAGAGUCCGGAUAUCAACCAAUCAUGUGGUUUGUGCUCAAAACUGACGACGAUGGAGCUCAAAUGCCAAUAUUUUUAGCACUCAGCGAAAAGGUGCACAAGAGUAAUGGGCAGUACUUCAAAGAUUUCGUCGUAACCGAAGUUCCAGAGAAGUGUCAGGACAGAUUAGCAUGCAAGAAAUUGUACGAAGAGUCAAGGAAGGCUGUUGGCCUUGACUGA